AUGCUAACAAACAAAGUGGUUUUCUACCUCUCUCUGCUAUGUUUCUGUCUGCUAUUUUCGGAGUUACCACAGACAAGUGCCAUCCGACUUCCAAGAUCUUUGUAUGAUGGCUCUCUCAGCACCGACGGCCUAGAAGAAUCAGAUCUUCAACUUAUAAUGGACACGUUGAGUCGUUUGUCUCCUGAUUUCCAACGUAGAUAUGCAUCCAAACGUGGUUUUGUGCGUCUUGGUUGA